AUGCUACUGGCAAGCGGUGCUUCGAUACCGACCAUCGCCGGUACUGUCGAGGAGGAGGAAGAAUAUGCACGCAGCGAAGCGAACAGCGCUCACUACGAUGGCUAUGUUACCGAUCAUACCGAUCUUGCUUCCGAAAUCGAUAUCGACGAAUCCGAAUACAGGCGGGAGCUUCUUAACGAUAAAUGGCGAAUGUUGUUUGAUAAGUUUGAUCCCGAGGGUUUUGGCGAGAUACCGAUGGAGGAUUUUUUGGCCGCUUUGAAGAGUUCCGAAUGGAAAGCCGAGAUACCGCCAAAUAAACGAGAUAUUCUUCUCAGCAGAGCGAAGGAAUCGCAUGUUCAAGCAGUGACGUUUCAGGAUUUCGUCAAUGUGCUGUAA